GCCCCCGGAGCGCGCGCCCGUGGGCCGCCGCCGCCAUUUUGGAGCGAUCCGAGUGCAGCCCGUGGCCCCGAGUCGGUCUCGAGCCGCCGGCCGGCCGCGCCGGUGUCCGUAGGCGCUGCGUCCUGGGCCGGGCCCAUGUGUAUGCGGCCCGCCCGAGGCCGCCCGGGCUUUGCCUCCACCAGCGCCCUGGCCUCCGCUCGGGCCUCCACACGGGCCUUCGAGGAGCUGCCGCGACGCCCGGCCCGCAGGGCAGGUAAAGAGAUUAUAAAUCUUCCACUGAAUGAAAAAAAUUUUCUUAAAGCUGCAUAUAUUCCAAGAAAAAAACCACAAAUGUUUUUCUAUUUUGACUGAAUACAUGAUUUAAACAAGAGAUUUCCACAGAAGCUCAGCGUGGUGGUGCACACCUGUAAUCCCAGCUACUUGCGAAGCUGAAGUAGGAGAAUCGCUUGACCCCAGAAGACAGAGGUUGCAGUGAGCUGAGCUUGAGCACUCCAGCCUGGGCGACAGAGCAAGACUCCAUCUCAAAAGAAGUCUACAGAUUUGAGAAGACAAAUGAAUGGGUUGCCCACGUUUUCCCAAAUACAGAAUUCUAAAUGAGAGAAUAGCAUCUUACCAGAGAGAUUGCUUCUCUUUUGGUAGGCGGUGGCCAAGAAGGAGCACCAGGUAGCAUUAAGCCUUGGUCCCCAGGGCUCUUUCAUGGAACUAUAUGAUCAUAUGGGCAACAUUCUGUUGAAAUCUACCUUCUGUCUGACGGAUAUGCCAUCCUGAAAAAGUAAAGAAGCUGAACUUCAAGUUCCUUUCAUUUAGCAUUGGCUCCGCGGCCGUCACGAUGUUCUGGAAGUUUGACUUGAACACCACGUCCCAUGUUGACAAGCUGCUGGACAAGGAGCAUGUGACGCUGCAGGAGUUAAUGGAUGAAGAUGACAUCUUGCAGGAGUGUAAGGCUCAGAACCAGAAGCUGCUGGACUUCCUGUGCAGGCAGCAGUGCAUGGAGGAGCUGGUGAGCCUCAUCACACAGGAUCCGCCCCUGGACAUGGAGGAGAAGGUCCGCUUCAAAUAUCCAAACACAGCCUGUGAGCUUCUGACUUGUGAUGUGCCGCAGAUCAGCGACCGCCUCGGUGGGGACGAGAGCCUGCUGAGCCUCCUGUACGACUUCCUGGACCAUGAGCCGCCUCUCAAUCCUCUGCUCGCCAGUUUUUUCAGCAAGACCAUUGGCAAUCUCAUUGCAAGAAAAACCGAACAGGUGAUUACAUUUUUGAAGAAGAAGGACAAGUUCAUCAGCCUGGUGUUGAAGCACAUCGGCACCUCAGCGCUUAUGGACCUGCUUCUGCGCCUAGUCAGCUGUGUGGAGCCAGCCGGGCUCCGGCAGGAAGUCCUGAAUUGGCUGAAUGAAGAGAAGGUCAUCCAGAGGCUUGUGGAGUUGAUCCACCCGAGCCAGGAUGAAGAUAGGCAGUCAAAUGCUUCUCAGACCCUCUGUGACAUAGUUAGGCUGGGCAGAGACCAGGGCAGUCAGCUGCAAGAGGCUCUGGAGCCAGACCCGCUCCUCACAGCGCUGGAGUCGCAGGACUGUGUGGAGCAGCUUCUGAAGAACAUGUUUGAUGGAGACCGGACGGAGAGCUGCCUCGUCAGUGGGACUCAGGUGCUACUCACCUUGCUGGAAACCAGGCGGGUCGGGACAGAGGGCUUGGUGGACUCCUUUUCUCAGGGACUGGAAAGGUCAUACGCUGUCAGCAGCAGCGUACUACACGGCAUUGAGCCUCGGCUGAAGGACUUCCACCAGCUCCUGCUCAACCCACCCAAGAAGAAAGCGAUCCUGACCACCAUUGGUGUGCUGGAGGAGCCCCUGGGGAAUGCCCGUCUGCAUGGCGCCCGCCUCAUGGCAGCAUUGCUGCACACAAACACACCCAGCAUCAAUCAGGAGCUCUGCCGGCUCAACACUAUGGACUUGCUGCUGGACUUGUUCUUUAAGUACACCUGGAAUAACUUUUUGCACCUCCAAGUGGAACUAUGCAUAGCCGCCAUUCUCUCCCACGCUGCCCGUGAGGAGAGGACAGAAGCCAGCGGAUCCGAGAGCAGGGUGGAGCCUCCGCAUGAGAGCGGGAACGGGAGCCUGGACACUCCCCAGCCUGCCGCCAGCCUCCCUGACAACACAAUGGUGACCCACCUGUUCCAGAAGUGCUGCCUGGUGCAGAGGAUCCUGGAGGCCUGGGAAGCCAACGACCACACGCAGGCAGCGGGCGGCAUGAGACGUGGGAACAUGGGCCACCUCACGCGGAUCGCCAAUGCGGUGGUGCAGAACCUGGAGCGGGGCCCUGUGCAGACACACAUCAGCGAGGUCAUCCGAGGGCUCCCUGCAGAUUGUCGUGGCCGCUGGGAGAGCUUCGUGGAGGAGACGCUGACGGAGACGAACCGCAGGAACACUGUGGACCUGGUGAGCACUCACCACCUUCACUCCUCGAGUGAGGACGAGGACAUUGAGGGUGCUUUCCCUAACGAGCUGUCCCUUCAGCAGGCCUUCUCCGACUACCAGAUCCAGCAGAUGACGGCCAACUUCGUGGAUCAGUUUGGCUUCAAUGACGAGGAGUUUGCAGACCAGGACGACAACAUCAACGCCCCGUUUGACAGGAUCGCAGAGAUCAACUUCAACAUCGACGCUGACGAGGACAGUCCCAGCGCAGCUCUGUUUGAGGCCUGCUGCAGCGACCGCAUCCAACCCUUUGAUGACGAUGAGGACGAGGACAUCUGGGAGGACAGUGACACUCGCUGUGCCGCCCGGGUGACGGCCAGAGCCAGGUUUGGAGCCCCCCAUGCUUCAGAGAGUUGCUCAAAGAAUGGCCCAGAGCGUGGAGGCCAGGACGGGAAGGCGAGCUUGGAAGCACACAGAGAUGCACCUGGGGCAGCUGCCCCACCGGCCCCCGGGAAGAAGGAAGCCCCCCCUGUGGAGGGUGACUCAGAAGGCGCCAUGUGGACGGCAGUGUUUGAUGAGCCAGCGAACUCGACGCCCACAGCCCCAGGAGUGGUGAGGGAUGUGGGUUCCAGUGUGUGGGCAGCUGGCACCUCAGCUCCAGAGGAGAAAGGCUGGGCCAAGUUCACCGACUUCCAGCCUUUCUGCUGCUCCGAGUCAGGGCCCAGGUGCAGCUCUCCGGUGGACACAGAAGGCAGCCAUGCCGAGGGCAGCCGGAGCCAAGGCCCUGAGAAAGCCUUCAGCCCGGCUUCUCCAUGUGCCUGGAACGUGUGUGUCACCAGGAAGGCCCCCCUGCUGGUCUCUGACAGCAGCUCCUCUGGGGGCUCCGACAGCAAGGAUGGAGACCAGAAGGCAGCGAGUGCCAUGGAUGCGGGGAGCAGGGGUCCCGGCCGGGAGGCCCCCCCGCUGCCCACAGCGGCCAGGACAGAGGAGGCUGUCGGCAGGGUCGGGUGUGCUGACAGCCGGCUGUUAAGCCCUGCCUGCGCCACGCCAAAGGAAGUGACUGCUGCCCCAGCCGUGGCUGUGCCCCCCAAGGCUACUGUGGCCAUCACCACAGCACUGAGCAAGGCUGGCCCUGCCAUACCCACCCCAGCAGUCUCUUCUGCAGUGGCCACGGCAGUCCCCCUAGGGCCCAUCAUGGCAGUCACAGCAGCCCCAGCCAUGGUGGCCACCCUGGGGACAGUGACAAAGGACAGGAAGACAGAUGCCCCGCCGGAAGGAGCUGCCUUAAAUGGCCCAGUGUGAUGCUGCUGCUGCCCGGCCAUGGCCCGCCCUGGUCAGGCUGCAUCCUUAAUCGAGAAAACUACCUGGUGAUGCAAUCUUUUUUUUUUUAAUUUAAUUUAAUUUUAAAAUAAAUGCUGCAUUGGUAAA